AUGAAAUUCAUCACCAGUCUCGUCAUUCUCGCCGCAGCUACCGUGUCUGCAAAGCCUGCUGGAACCAAAGAAUGUUCUGGAAUCUACCAGAGAUGCCUUGAAACAAUAACGCCUGACGAAUGUCCGAAGGGCGAUCGGGAUUGUCUUUGCCAGGCUUGGGAUGAUAUGAUGCCUGGAGCCUUGUCCCAAUACGCCGCGAUUCUGGCUUUCAAAAGAAAAUAA